CUGAGGAAGAAGGAAGCAAAAGGAUUGGUCUUGCAUUCUGCUUUUGGAGAAGUAGAAAUUGAUGAAAACAAAUUCUGUGGAGAAAUCAGAGAAACCAGGAGUCACAUUUGGGGCAUUUCAUCUUUACUCAUUUCAGAAAAGUACCAACAUGUAUACUGGAGAGAAAUUCUACAAGUGCCCUCAAUGUAGGAAAGCUUUUAAUAAAAGCUCAAAACUCAUUUUACAUCAGAGAAUUCAUGUUGGAGAAAACCCUUAUGAAUGCAAUGUCUGUGGGAAAGGUUUCCAUCAUAGGUCAAAACUUAGCAUACAUCAGAGGGCACAUACUAGAAAAAAUCCUUAUCAAUGCAAUGACUGUGGGAAAAUGUUUAUUAAUGACUCAAAACUUAUUUUACAUCAGAGGAUUCAUACUGGUGAGAAGCCUUUUAAAUGUCAUGAUUGUGGGAAGGCCUUUAAUCAGAGUUCCACCCUCCUUCAACACCAGAGAAUUCAUACUGGUGAGAAGCCUUUUAAAUGUCAUGAUUGUGGGAAGGCCUUUAAUCAGAGUUCCAACCUCCUUCAGCACCAGAGAAUUCAUACUGGUGAGAAGCCAUUUCAAUGUAGUGAUUGUGGGAAGGCCUUUAAUCGGAGUUCCCACCUCUUUCAACACCAGAGAAUUCAUACUGGUGAGAAGCCAUUUAAAUGCGAUGAUUGUGGGAAGGCCUUUAAUCAGAAUUCCCACCUCCUUCAACACCAGAGAAUUCAUACUGGUGAGAAGCCAUUUCUAUGUCAUUAUUGUGGGAAGGCCUUUAAUUGGAUUUCCAACCUCCUUCAACAUCAGAGAAUUCAUACUGGUGAGAAGCCAUUUAAAUGUAGUGAUUGUGGGAAGACCUUUAAUCAGAAUUCCAACCUCAUUAAACACCAGAGAAUUCAUACUGGUGAGAAGCCAUUUAAAUGUAAUGAUUGUGGGAAGGCCUUUAAUCAGAGUUCAAAUUUAAUUGUCCAUCAGAGAAUUCAUACUGAAAAGGUUAUUAAAAAAUCAUGAAUGUGGUAAAGAUUUCAAUAAGAGAACAAAUUUCCUGGUACAUCAGAGAAUUCACACUGGUGAGGAACCAUAUAAAUGUGAAGGCUGUGAGAAAGUCCUCAGUUUUCAGUCAUAUUUUCUUGACCAUCAGAGGGCCCAUAUUGUUGAGAAACUUUAGUAAUGUGAUGAAUAUGCCAAAGGGCUCUGUAACCAUCUAGUACUCAUUGAUCAUCUGAUCAUGUUAGAUAUAAACCUUUUCCGUACGCUUCUUGUGAGAAUGUUUUGGUACGAAACACAAAAUUUUCUACACUAGAAAACUCGUGCUGAAAAAAAAAAAACAACUUAGGUCCACAAGUUUCAUUUGGCUGUAUGAUUAUCAUGAAAUGUGUUUCUGUUUAGUAGCAUAAUAAUGAAUUCAAUUUUUUAUUUCAUUCUUUACCUCAUUUUUGACAAUCAAAUACAAACCAUUUAUAUUUAUUAUUUUUAUAAAUAUAUUUUCUCCUCUCAGUUAUUCCUAGUUUUACAUGGGAUUGAUAUUUAUCUUUACAUAUUUCAAGCAAGGUAAUGUGUUCUAGUUUGAAUGUCACUUCAUCUAGAUGUUAAUAUUGCAAUUUCUGUCUUAUAAUAAAAUAUUAUUUUUACAAUA